AUGCCGAAAACCAAAUCCGACGAAAGGGUGGAGGAUGCCAUUAUUCGUCGCAAGGCUAUUUUGACAAACCUGUCGGAUGUUGAGAGGUUUACAAAGGAAUUCAACGUUGAUCGAGACACAGGGCGCCUUCAAGUUCGACAAGAUUUAGUUGAUCGGAUCUACGACCAGUUUCAAAAGGCGCAAACCGUCAUCGAGAAGUCGGAUGGGCCAGACCGGCUUGAAAUGCGUUUGGCUGAGAGAUCGACCAUCGAGGAAAGGUUUUGUGAGGUGAAAGCAUUCCUGUUGAACAAUAUCCCGGAAAGGUUGAGCAGUUCUACAUCAGCAGAGCCGACCGCACCAACCAGCACAGCUAUGUUUCACCUGCGCCUGCCGAAAAUAGAUUUGCCGAGGUUCGAUGGUGAUUUUUCGCGAUGGUUGUCGUUUCGAGACACGUUUAAGUCCAUGGUGCACUCGAAUCCAGAUGUUCCAGCGGUUGCAAAGCUGCAGUACCUGCUACAGAGUCUAGAAGGCGAAGCCAAGAAACCUUUCGAGUCCGUGAAUGUAGAGGCUGACAACUAUAUCAUCACUUGGGAAGCGUUGAUGAAGCGGUAUGAUAAUCAGCGGUACCUGAAACGACAGCUCUUCAGGGCAAUGUACGACCUCCAACCUUUGAGGAAAGAAUCUUCGAAGGAUCUCCAUGCAUUGACGGAUGACUUUGAUCGCCAUGUGAAGGCCAUGGCUAAACUGGGUGAGCCGGUAGGUUACUGGGAUACUCCGCUAGUGAAUCUACUGUGCUACAAAUUGGAUCCAACGACUCUGCGAGCCUGGGAGGAGAAAACAAGUGACCUGAGAGACAUCACUUACCAAGAGUUGAUCGAUUUCUUGUAUUCUCGAGCGAUGAUGCUGAAGACGAUCGUUUCAGAAGAGCAGCGCAACCUGCAAGCGAUUCCAGCUAGGAUGACGGGAUCCCAACCGAAGAAGGCGUUCCGAUUAGUGGCCAAUCCUGUUGCGUCUGAUCCAAAAUCCGAUUUACCCGUGUGCGUAGUUUGUUCGGAACGACACCAUCUAUUUCGCUGUAGGAAAUUCGCAAGUUUCUCUCCCUACAACCGACGGCAAGUUGUCACUUCCCAUCGUUUGUGUUGGAAUUGUUUCAAUUCCGGCCAUUUAUCACGAUCCUGUUCCUCCAGACACACUUGUCGUUUCUGCAAUGGAAAGCAUCAUUCUCUCCUCCAUGAUGCGAUCAAGACCACCAACUUCAAUUCGGUUCCGAAACCAACUUCGUUUUCAUCGAAUCCGCCACUCCCAGCUCCGCAGCGCAGUACCGCUCCUCCAGAUGCAGAUCCACAACCAUCAACUUCCAGCCAACAAGUCUGUAUGACUGUUCAGGCAUCAAACAGUACAGUUUUGCUAGAAACGGUGAUGCUUUUGGUGGUUGACAGUACGGGGAAGGAAAUUCCGGCGCGGGCGCUGCUUGAUUCCGCUAGCAUGUGCAGCUUCAUGACGAAGAAGUUGGCCAACACUCUCGAUCUCCGCCGUUCUACCGUUGACAUUGCCGUUUCAGGGAUUGGUGAAUCAUCCAAGCAGAUCAAGCGCCAGUUAACAGCGAAGAUUCGCUCAACCGUAACAAAGACAUAUUUCCUGUUGUUUUGGAAUUCCUAUUAG